UCCCCCAACUAUCAUAUCGCGAUAAGCGCGUCUUUGGCCUGGAGCGCGAGAUAAAAAGGUCGCGAGAGAGAGAAAGAGAGAGAGAGAGAGAGAGAUACGGGAUCGUUAUCGUUUUGGUACGAGCACGGAUUUAGGAACACGAAGUCUUAUUGCACGAGCAGUUGCCGUUGGCGAACCCUCGACUCGACGCGCACCCGCGCACUCCUCUCCGCACAGAUGAGGGUCGUGAGAAGUUUCGGCGCGCCCCUCCUGGCUAAGCCCUGGGACAGGAGGACGAUGCUGCGCGGACUUUACGACGACGAUCCCGCCCGGCGCUCGGGCUGUCGCCGCAUCAGCCAGCAGCAGCAGCAGCUGCGCGGCAAGGUGAUCGCGAUCCGGCGCGAGGACCAGUCGGUGUGGGAGCGGCGCGCGGCGAUCGCGCCCGCGAACGUGCGCCGCCUGGUGCGCGCGGGCGUGCGCGUGCUGGUGCAGCCGAGCAACCGGCGCGCCUACCCGGCCAGCAGCUACCAGGCGGCGGGCGCGCACAUCCAGGAGGACAUCAGCGGCGCCUCCGUGAUCUUCGGCGUGAAGCAGGUGCCCGUGGACCAGCUGAUCCCGCACAAGACCUACUGCUUCUUCUCGCACACGAUCAAGGCGCAGGAGAGCAACAUGCCCAUGCUGGACGCGGUGCUGGACAAGAGCAUCCGGCUGCUGGACUACGAGAAGCUGACGGACGACCGCGGGCAGCGGCUGGUGGCCUUCGGCAAGUACGCCGGCGUGGCCGGCAUGGUCAACAUCCUGCACGGCCUGGGGCUGCGGCUGCUGGCGCUCGGCCACCACACGCCCUUCAUGCACAUCGGGCCCGCGCACAACUACCGCAACUCGGGCAUGGCGCGCCAGGCCAUCCGCGACGCCGGCUACGAGAUCGCCCUGGGCGCCAUGCCCAGGUCCAUCGGCCCGCUGACCUUCGUGUUCACGGGCAGCGGCAACGUCAGCCAGGGCGGCCAGGAGGUCUUCCAGGAGCUGCCCCACGAGUACGUGUCGCCGGAGACGCUGCGCAAGGUGGCCGAGCACGGAGACACCACCAAGAUGUACGCCUGCGAGGUGCGCCGCCGCCACCACCUCGAGCGCAAGGACGGCGGCGGCUUCGACCCCGAGGAGUACGACCAGCACCCCGAGCGCUACAUCUCCACGUUCAGCAAGAAGAUCGCACCCUACGCCUCGGUCAUCGUCAACGGCAUCUACUGGGCCGUCGACUCGCCCAAGCUGCUCACCAUCCCUGACGCCAAGAACCUGCUCAGGCCGGCCUACACGCCCUGGCUGCCCAUCAGCGUGGGCGCGCCCGCGCUGCCGCACCGCAUGCUCGCCAUCUGCGACAUCUCGGCCGACCCCGGCGGCAGCAUCGAGUUCAUGAACGAGUGCACGACCAUCGACACGCCGUUCUGCCUGUACGACGCGGACCGCAACAAGGACACCAAGUCGUUCAAGGGCCCGGGCGUGCUGGUCUGCUCGAUCGACAACAUGCCGACGCAGCUGCCGCGCGAGGCCACCGACUUCUUCGGCGACCUGCUGUUCCCCUACGCCCUCGACGUCAUACGCUCGGACGCGCGCCGGCCGCUCGACGAGCACGACUUCACGCCCGCGGUGCUCGGCGCCAUCAUCGCCUCGAACGGCCAGCUGACGCCCAGCUACCAGUACAUCCGCGAGCUGCGCCAGCAGAACUGCCUGCGCAGCCGGCACAAGGAGUCGGCGGGCAGCGCCGCCGGCAGCCGCGGCGUGCUGGUGCUGGGCGCGGGCUACGUGUCGGCCCCGCUGGUCGAGUACCUCCACCGCGACCCGGGCCUGCGCAUCGCCGUCGGCUCGCAGCUCAAGGACGAGGCGGACGCGCUGGCCGCGCGCUACCCGGGCGUGGAGGCGCUGCUCGUGGACGUGGCCGAGCGGCCCGAGUCGCUGGCCGAGGCGCUCGAGGCGGCCGACGUGGUGGUCUCGCUGCUGCCCUACUCGCUGCACCACCUGGUCGCGCGGCGCUGCAUCGACGCGCGCAAGCACCUCGUCACCGCCAGCUACCUGGGCGAGCGCGUGCGCGCGCUCCACGACGAGGCCGUGGCGGCGGGAGUGAGCGUCGUCAGCGAGGUGGGCCUCGACCCGGGCAUCGACCACCUGCUCGCCCUCGAGCUCUUCGAGGACGUGCGCCAGGCGGGCGGCCGCGUCGAGAGCUUCGUGUCCUGGUGCGGCGGCCUGCCGGCGCCCGAGAGCUCCGGCAACCCGCUGCGCUACAAGUUCAGCUGGUCGCCGCGCGGCGUGCUGCUCAACACCCUCGCGCCCGCCAAGUACUUCCGCGGCGGCCAGCUCGUGGAGAUCGCGCCCGGCGGCGACCUCAUGUCCGCGGCGCAGAGCCUCGACUUCAUGCCCGGCUUCGCGCUCGAGGGCUUCCCCAACCGCGACAGCACCGCCUACCGGCAGCUCUACGGCAUCGAGCAGGCCGAGACGGUGCUGCGCGGCACGCUGCGCUUCCGGGGUUUCGCCGACGCCGUCAAGGGCCUGCAGCUGCUCGGCCUGGUCGACCCCGGCGCCCACCCGGCGCUCCACCCCAACGGCCCGCACCUCACCUGGCGCGCCCUCGUCUGCGACCUCCUGGGCCUGGCCAGCGACGACAUCUUCUACGAGAACCUCAAGCAGAAGCUCGCCGAGCGCCUCGGCUCCGAGGACCGCGCCGCCGCCAUCGAGGACCUCGGACUGCUCCUCGAGCAGCCGGUGCACAAGCUCGGCACGCCGCUCGACACCCUCAGCCACUACCUGGCCCACAAGCUGGCCUUCGGCGAGGCCGAGCGCGACCUCGUCGUGCUCCGGCACGACGUGCGCAUCCGCUGGCCGGACAACAGGCUGGAGGAGCGGGGCCUCAGCAUGGUCACCUACGGCGAGCCCCACGGCCACUCGGCCAUGGCCAGGACCGUCGGCUACCCAACGGCCAUCGCCACCAAGAUGCUCCUCGACGGCGAGAUUCAGCAGCGGGGCAACGUGCUGCCGUUCACCGCGGAUAUUUAUCGACCGAUGCUGUCCAGGCUGAGGGCCGAGGGUCUCCAGUCUUUCGAGACGUCCAAGUGGCUUUGAGACUAUUUUCGCGCGCACGCGUGCCCCGCGUUCGCCCGUUAUUUUCUAAUUUGGACAUCGUGCCGUGCUGUGAAAACAAACCUUCGUUUUUGUAUGUGCGAUAAGACGCAAUAUAACGUUUGUCAAGCAAAAAACGAAGAAAGAAAUAACAUAGAUAAAACAUCGCUGUUCUUGCCAGGAGAGAAAUGAUGAGGCGGAACAAGGUUCAAGUCGAAUGUAAUUAACAUUUAUUGAUAUUACCACCUCCCGUCGUGUUUCUCUUCCUCAAACUGCUUUUUUUGUUUGCAUUUUUUUCAUCUUUUUUCAAACAUCGCAACAAUUUUUUUUGUAUUCACGCUCACGCACGCACGCACGCACGCACGCACGCACGCACGCACACACACACACACACACACGCGCGCGCGCAUAGAAACUAACGGCUCGCGGGCGUUUUCACUCGAAAUCAAGGGGAUCUUACACCUCCGUGCGAACACGCUCGUUUGCUUUUCCUUUUGUUUUAUACAGGCAUUGACACGAAGAGCACGUGUACAAAUGAUACUUCAACAGUAAUGUAAUCAGGUACGAAAUGCAAUCGAUAAAAAUGCGACACAAUAAUGUACUCCUCUCCGUCUGCUCGGGCGACCGCUCGCCGCCGCGCCGAGGGGGAAAAAGCAUCGCUCGCUUCGUUUUCUUUUGGCCUCGUUCCAGGUACGGACGCACAGCAUUAGCGCAUUGUUUUCUCGCAUUGUCGGGCGUGUGCAGAUACGUUAUCGCCGAUAGCGAAAAAGAAGAGAAGACAACGGAAAGCGGAAGGGGAGAGAAAAAAAUGACAACGGCAGUCGCGUCUAGCGCCCAUUGUUCUCCCUCGCUAUCGGAACGCGAAGCGCGCGUGGAAAAAGAAAAGCUCGCCGGGCGUGUGCCCUCGACGCUUCGCGCGUGUCUCCGCGUCUCGUCGAUACGUCUAAAUCGAGAAUGUGGCAAAACGUACUUCCAUUACGGACGAAAAGCCAGCGCUGCUUCCCUUUUCCAUUCCGGAGAAACAAUGCAUCGUUACAGCCGUGGAGAACGUAGAAUCGAUCGACAACUUAUCGCGUUCUAACGUUCGCAUAGAAAAACCGAGCGCCUGGGUCGACGGGAGGAUGGGGCAAAAAGGAAGCCUGACUUCGCGCUCGCUUCGCGCGUGCUACAAGACUACCGUUGAAACGUGUCAAAAAAUCUUCAUCCAAGGGAACAGCUGCAUAUUUAUGUACACACUCUGCGCGGCUACAACAACGAAUUGACUGAGGUUCUUCUGUCGCGGCUUUCGACAGCCAUCUCGAGGGCAACAGGAGGGAACGAGCUGACAUUCCAUCGCUACUGGGCCUCCUUUUUUCCGUGAACCGGCUGGACUUGACCAUUUUUCUUUCUUUUGCCGUGAUAACCUACGCGACGUGUACACACCUCCAAAGACUACUUUUUUCUUCUGCAGUGAACUUGAUUACUUUUUUUUAUUUCCCUUUUGUAAACUAGAAGUACGACUGUUUUUCUCAACUAAAUCUAUCUAAUAACUUUUUAUGCAUUAUAUUGUUGUAGUGUUUUUUUUCUGUCUUUUUUCUUACGAUUAACACGUUAAUUUUAUAAAUAAAUACAAUUGAACGUUUCUUCGAAAAAUGGGCUGAGAAAAAAUCUCAAAAAAUUUCUUAAACUCAGCAAUUUUUACUCGAGACGAGAUACUUUUUUCUCAAAUUCAAAAUUAUUUUUAAAAUGCAACAAAAUUACGCAAUUUCAUUCAAUUUUUAUGCGUAGUAACGUAACUUUUUAGAUAUUGUAUUCCCAAACAAAUUUUCUGGCAUGCCAAUUAUUUUUCUUGAAGUCAGAAAUUACAAUUAUGAUCUUUCAAAAAUAUUUUUUUAAAGCCAUAAUACUUCAAAAAUGUUUUACGUUAUUGAACUUUCAAAAAAGAAAAAAAUUGCCAU